UUUUACCACUUGAGACUUCGAAUACGUUAACGACUAUGGAUAUUGACGUUGCCGGUCCAGGUCCAGGCUCUUCCCGCUCGCGAGGGCGCCAGCCGGCACAGCUCAGGAGCCUUGUCUGUGAGCGCAGCGUGCUUGACCGCGCCGAUGGCUCGGCGAAGUGGACUCAGGAAGGAAGCAGCGUGCUAGCGGCCGUGUACGGCCCUCGGCAAGCAAAGAUACAAAAGGAGGAUGCGGAGCGAGCGGUGGUUGAGGUUGUGUAUAAGCCCCGCGCAGGGUUACAAAGCCAUGAAGACCGGUCAAUAGAGUUGGAGAUUCGUGGCAUCCUAGAAGGCGUAAUACCCCUCGGCAUGCACCCGCGGACGUCCAUCAUGGUUAUCCUACAGGUGCUGCAGGAGGACGGCUCGGUGCUGGUGUGUGCGCUCAACGCGGCGUGUGCGGCGCUGGUGGACGCGGGAGUGCCCAUGAGCACCAUGUACGCCUCCGUUGGUUGCGCGCUGAGCAGCCAGGAGCAGCAGCUGCUGCUGGACCCGGAUGCCGCGGAGGAGCAGGCGGCCCAGGCGCGCUUCUGCUUCACCUUCCCACACCACUUCGACCUCACCCAACCCGCUACCUCCUCCGAGCCCCAGCAGCCCCAGCAGCAGGAGGCGCCCCCCGCUGCGGUGGCCCCGGCGGUGCUGGGCAGCCGCUGUGUGGGCGACUUCAGCUGCGACCAGCUGCUGGACGCCAUGCAGCUGUGCCGGCUGGGCUGCGAGAGGGUGGCGGCGUUCGCUCGGUUGUCGCUGUCUAAGAGCCUGAUGCAGGCGGUGGGAGCAGCAGCGGGGCAGUGAGGGAGGGGGGACACGUGGGUGCGAUCGCGAGCGAGAGGGGUCGGGCUGGGCUGCGUGUGCUGGCGGUGGUGGUGAUGGUGGGAGGUGUGAGGGAAAUGUGGUGAAGAGCAUGAGCUUUGGCGGCGGUUAGGUGGUGGUGGUGUCUGGGGAGAGGGUGAAGGGGAAAGGACAGCUGGGAGAGGGUAGGAAGCCGCUGCUGGGAGACUCGGAGACUCCUAGCCUCCUUACACGUCCGCGGGCGCCCUCCUUGGCGAUCUCUCCACGCACAUAUCCAGCAUGUAAGGUCCAGCCAGGGCGG